AUGAGAAAGAUUUGGUCAAGAAAGGACAAAGAUAAGCGGAGAAGCUGGACGGGCUCGUCUGUGGUGAGUACCUCGGACAGUAGGCUUGACAGUGUGAACAGCUUAAGAGAAGAGGAAGAAGAUGGCAUUGGAGGAGAAUCUGCGGGCUUGGGAGUGGUUCCACAAUUGCAUCCUACAGACUCUAAUUCUUCUUCUACUCAGUCAUCCCCACCAAUAGGACAUGGCCAGCCACACCCUCACCCACUCCCACACGGUGGGUACUCAGUACAGCACAAUCCCACACCUCCAGCCUCAUACCAUCCGGUGAUGAAUGGGAACAGAUCAAACAGUGUUUCGUCGCUGUCUACGGGACAUCAUCAUAACCAAGAAAAGCAGCCUGUUCCAAUGCCAGUUAUGCCUCCCGUAAACCUUCCUUCGUUGAUCCGUACCGAUUAUGAUCAUAGAUUGAUUAAGAAUUCAUGGAUGAACGUGAUCAUCAACUCCCAUUCUAACGAGGUGAAUGAACAAUCGUUAAGACUCUUCAGAGCAGAGUUGAAGGGUUCUCAUUUGUACCUUUAUAAGUUACUACCACAAUUGAAUCAUAUAAGAAGUUUCAAGCUCCCCUCAUCAUCAAACUCGGGAGGAACUCCUUCGAUAGCAGAGGACAAGGACGCAUCAUCUCUCUACAAGCAUGGAAACAAUUCCAAUUCAACAUUAUUGGACAAUUCAAGUCAAUUGUUGGAGGAAAAAGAGGAAAAAGAAAGCAUCAUACAAAAGGAUGGCACAGGAGCUGCUACAGCUACUGAGCCCACAACAGCAUUGGAAGAAGAACAAGACUUUAUAAUUCUGCAUUGGAGCACCUCUAUUCACCCCGAGUUAAUAUAUGAUUUUGAUAACCAUAUAUUUUUACCAAAUUCAUCGAUUGAGAGCUUAAUUCAUUUUAUGUUUUUCAUAAAGGAAGAAGAAGGAUAUAGCGUGAGUCAGCUACUUCAAAUUAUACCAAUUUUCCCUAACCUUAAUAAGAUUUUGAGAUUAAUAAAUUUAUUCAUUGAAGGAGUUGUGAGUGAUAAAUUCAGUGUGGAAGAAAACAGCCCAGAGGAAGCAGAAAGUGCUAAAGCUGACGAAACCGAAGUCAAGCUGAAUGGGGCAAUAAACACAGAGACCGGAUCUGAAGUAAAUGCAGAAGUUAAUCACGAGAAAACUGUGAAAGAAGAACAACCAAAGACACGUGUUUCUCCUACACAGAUUAACAAGAAAGUUAUAAGCGACAGAAUUUUAAUGUUAUUAACGAAUAUCCAUGAUAACUUUGGAGGAUUUUUGUUGAAUAGUGACAUAGGCCCAAGUAUAUUAAUCGUUCUCGAAGGUUUAAGAGAAUUAACAGAGCAAUCGCACUUGAAAAAGGCUGAUAUAGAUGGAAGCGAGGGAGAAGUCACAUUGAGUGGAAAUGAUACGGAAAAAGGUGCAGAAGGUGAAACCGAACUUCAUGCAGAUGAAUACUCCUUCUCUACGCUCAAAUCUUCAAUGCUAAGCAAACAACAAGAGCUCAUCAGCAUAAUUUCAAAUGAGAAUUUAACAGAUUUAAACCCACUUUCUUUCAUUUCAUCCACUAAUUUAUUGAACUCCAUAAACUUAAUUGAGUUAGCGAACACUAUUUGUUCCAUUGAUCUUAGAUUUUUCAAGAAUUGGAAUUCCAACUUGGACAAAUCGUUACUUUUGUAUAACUCAAUCAAUCUUGACUUUUUCAUCAAGAAGAACCCUUUAAUUUUCAACAACGACAUUCAUAUACACUACCUUUCAAGAUUAUUAAUUCAUCAUUUAUUCUUGGAGAACUAUUCUACAUUAACUGCAAGUGCAGUUUUGGAGAGAAAGGCUAGAAUCAUCGAAAAAUGGAUUGAUUUGGGAUGUAUUUUAGAUAAAUUGGGAAAUAUGCUGUCGUGGUUAGGAAUUGCUUCAAUUAUAUUAAGUCAACCUAUAUUAAGAUUGACUAGAAUUUGGCUGUUAGUAAGUACUGAUUAUAUCAAAUUAUUAAAAAAUGACUGGUCGCCUGUUUUGUUCGAAUUAGAUAGAAGAUAUCUUACUAAUGGAGUGAAAGGUAGCUCCGUUCCUGUUACAUCGAAGAAUACUGGAAAUGGAGCUGGUGAGGAGGACUUGAAAGACUCUUUCCAUAUCAUGGCGCCAAGGGGGUUAGGUAAGAUUUACUAUAAGGAGAAUGUAAUUCCUUACUUUGGAGACCUAAUCAUCACAAAUACGACUAUACCGCCAAAUAUUAAUGAAUUGGAUAAUGUCUGGAAAAAGAUAAAUUACUCAUUUAAUCGUUGGAACGAAUAUUUGAGCAACUUGAGUAACUAUACUGAGAUUAUUCACUAUAACAAUGACGUGUUAAGAAGAUACGAUAGCAUGGGAUUCAUUUUCAGUAACGAAAGUUUGAAUCAAGUAUUGUAUUUGGGCGUUAAUGAUGACAACAAAUCUCAUCCUCCACCUCAAUUGGAUGAUGAAGUUGGUAGUAGUGGAGCUGAUUUCACCGUCAAUGAAGAUUUGAAGAGGAACUUGUUAAAGUUGAUUGAAAUCAAUUGCAAAUCAAUAAACUUGGAAAAGAUCAUGACAAUGUCUUUAUCAUUGGAACAAAAUUUGAAAGAGUCUUAUAUUUACCAAUGGCAACAGCAAAUGCAACAACAUCAGCUAUUGAGCAAGAAAUUUUUGAAUAAUAACGGUAGCAAUAUAAGUAUUAAUAGUGGUGAAUCAUUCCCUCUGACAAUUACAGAAAACGGACAAAAUGGAGGCAGUGGUUCUGGUAUUGCUGCUAAAGUUGAUAACCCCUUUUCUAAAAUUCCACUUUUCAAUAACACCUAUUUCAAGAUCAAUCUUGCUAAAUAUGAUGAAUUGAUAAUCACUGAAAGCGGAGUAGCAUCAGCAUCUCCUCCUACCUAUGACCCAUCAUCUCGUGAAACUAUUGUAAUCGAUGACGAUUUAGUGUUCAGAGUAGAUGACUUCAUAAAUGAUGUAGAGCCAAUGGUUACUUCAAUGCACUUUGAUGAAAUUGAUAACGUCGAUAUUGAAGACGAUGUGCCAGGUUUGGGAAUAGAUGUGGAUGACAUUUUAAAUAGCGAUAAGUUUAAUAAUUUAUCAAUCGAGCUGCCUAACGUCAAACAGAUACCGCUUGUGCAUCUGCAUUUACAGCAUGCUAAGAGUUCGAAGAAGGUAGCUCGUGGAGAGAGUCUUUCAUCAGGAUUGACUAGCUCUGAUUCUCAAGUUUCAACUUCUUUGAAAUACCUCCCCAAAUAUGCCUCAGUUGAUAGACUUGUGGACUUACUUUUAAUUGAUUCCAAGUAUUUUAAUGAGAAUAUUAAGAUGGAACUUAACGAGUAUAGAUUUAUAUUUUUACUCAAUUAUGAUUCAUUCAUAUCAACAAAGGAACUCUUGGACAAGUUAGCUCAUAGAUUUAUCAACUCUGGUAACGCAGUGAUUAGUAUAAUGAAAAAGACACAUUACACUAAAAAUGAUAAACUUUUCCAACUUUCAGAUUUUGUUAAUUGGGAAAUUGAUGAAAAUGUUGACUUGAAUGCAUUGGGCGAAGUUGAUUAUGAAUUGUUGAUCAAGAUUCAAAUUAACAUCUUGAAGGUCUUAAUUGUGUUGUUGAACAAUUUCUAUUCCAACUUUGCCGUAGAUUUAAACAACAGGAAUGUUUUAGUGAAAUUAUUGAAGUUGUAUUCAAAUGAAAUAUUGCAGUGGUACAAUUCUAAUAAGAUUAAUAAUAAUUUAGAAUUGUCAUUUGAGCUGUUAGUUAACUACUACAAGAGACUUAAGAAGUUAUUCAUUAAAAAGAGCUAUAGGCCAAUUGAGUUGAGCAAGUUUGACGAGUACUUGAUUAACGAAUUUAGAUUCAACAAUUCUUUGCAUGAAGUUCCUAUCAAUAGGAACUUACCUGGCCACAAGAAUUUGAAUAAGAUUGAGAAAUUUUUGCACAAGUUCAACAAGUUGCUUAUGAUCUUUUAUAAAGGAAUCAGAGUCGAAGAUUGGAUGAAGGUCUUCAAAGUUCUAGAAUAUCAAUUUGAAGCAGGUGGGUUAAUGGAGUUUAUUUUACAGAAAAACUCGAUAAACGACGACAAUUUAAUAAUUCUGAAUAUAUUUACUUAUAUGGAAAGCUUAAGUGAUAGCAAGGAAAAGAUGUUGAUUUUAAAGAAGUUCCCAUUGAUCUUUAGAAAGUUGUUUAAAUUAUACUAUAAAUUCAAAGUAUAUUUAUUGAUUCAAUUGGCAGAUUUAAAUAUUACUGUCGAUGAAAGAUUGGAUAGGAUGAAAACAUUGUUAAUCAUGGUUCAUUUGAGUAAGUUGAAAAUGAGAGACCACCAAUUUGUUUGGGAAGGCAAGGGUAAAAACAGUGGUAUUCCAUCUUGUAUUGAAACUGCUAUUACAAAUGUCAUUUAUUCUCCAGAAAGCAGAUCAUUUACCAAUUUAUGGAUCAAGGCCUCUAAUGCAUUGACCAGUAAGGGCUCCGGAUCAAACAAUGGCGAAGCAGCUAACUUCGAUGACAUCAAUUCUUUACUUCCCACCAAUAUAUCCUCUACUGAUCUUAUCAUCAAUCAUGAACCUUUACUUCCUUGUUUUGGAUGGAUUAUUGAAAACUUUAUUGAAGUUAAUAAAAUUCCAAACUUUUACAAGACAACUGACGUAAUCAACUUCAACAAAAAGUAUCUUAUCUAUAAGAUUAUCAAAGAAUUCGGAAUAGAAGACUUUGAUGACGAAAACGAAAUAAAUUACCAUGACACGAGAGAAUUUGAGUUCUUGCUAAAACUUGAUGAAACAUUAGUGAGAAAGCAGAACAUAAGAGAAUUCAAUUUGUUAGAAAAAGAUAAGUUGAAGUUAUUUAGAGGUAUCUUGAAAGAACAGCACAAAAUUUUGGUAAUAGAUAAUAAGAAAAAGGUGUUAAGAGAGCAACAACAAAAUUCGUUAGCAUUAGCUUCUACUGGGGCUAGUAUUACUCUGACUUUGAUAUCUACACUGCAAUCUGGUGCUAGUCUGUCAAGCCUCAACAGCCCUACUGCUAGUAGUAGUACUGCCAAUUCCAUCAACGGAAAUACUCCAACCACGGUCUUGCCUGGCUCGCUUAAUAAGAAAAACAGUUCAUCUUCACUCCGUCGUCAAAGCCUUUCUUACAAGUCAAACUCUACAUCAAGAUUCAAAAUAUCUGGGCUUUUCAACAAGACGAGGCCAUUCUCACUUAAUGUUUCUGGCUUGGGAUCUUCAUCUCCUGACAAACAAUGUUAUGUUAAAGAAUUACCGUCAGCAGACUCUCAAAUCGACCCUAAGCAAAAGCCAUACUUGAUCAUUCCAAUGAAAAACAAGAAGAUUUUCCCAGUGUAUCUUUUACCCCUCUGCUUUAAGAUUGAUAGUGAAAAUUCUAAUGAAGAUUACUUUUUCCAGACAUCUAGCGAAUUUGAUUUGAAUGAUUGGUUAAUCAAAUUAAGUUAUGCUAACAGACAUUGGUUCUUCUCGAAGAAUUUGAAUUUGAAAAUCAGUAACAACAACCUUACCUUCGGUAUUCCUAUUACCCUAAUUUGUAAUAGAGAAAAGUCUUACAGUCCUUCGAUUUUAUCGAUUUUAUUUGAAGAAAUUGAAAACGAGGGUAUUAAGGAUGUUGGUAUUUAUAGAAUUAGUACCUCGAUCAGCGAGUUGAAUCAAGUCAAACAAAUCAUAGAAAAGACUGGAACAAUUAACUUUAUAGAAAGGACUUGGGAUGUUCACACGUUAACUAGUGUUGUUAAAUCCUAUUUCAGAGAUUUACCUGAUGCAUUAUUGACAGAUAAUGUGAUUGAGCAAUUCUUUGAGACAAAACAAUCGCUUGAAGAUAAUCAAGAAGCAAUUGCCAACGGAACUUCAAACGGUAUUGAAGGUCCUAACGAAAUUGAAAGUUACAAGGCAAUCUUAAAUUCUUUGCCUACAUUCAACUACUUCACGUUGAAGAUUUUGAUUAGACAUUUACAGAAGCUUAGUCGCUUCAGUGAACAAAAUAGAAUGAAUCCAUCGAAUUUGGCUACAGUGAUAGGUCCAGCCUUGACCGAGGCUUCUAGCCUUGAACAUUUGGUUAAUAACUUUGGUUUUAUGAAUAGCAUUUUAGAGAAGUUGAUUACAAAUUUCAAUUUUAUAUUUGAUGAACCUGAAGUGGUACAAGAAGGUUUUUCUUCAGAGCUUGAAGAACGAAAUCAAGAUGCACCACAACCUGAACUCCAGCAACAACCCAUGGAAGGUUUAGGACUUCAAGAAGUUGAAGUUAACCCUGCUGAAGAAACUCAAGUAGUAGCAGAGGAUGAAGUUGUUGGUGAAGAAGUAAAGGAAAAUGCUAUUGGGGACCAAGAUGAAGCAGUAAUUGCUCAAAACUCGAAAGGUAUUGAAGCCGAAUCUGAAAGAACUCAUGCAGAUAUUAACGCAAUUAAUGAAGUACCAAUUGGGAAUGAACCCAAAGAAUUGGAAAAAGAUAACAACAUUGCUGUAGAGAGCAAUUAA